AUGACCGACUGGGCAAAGCUGAAGGUCGUUGACCUCAAAGCCGAGCUCAAGAACCGCGAUCUUCCACAACAUGGCCUCAAGGCAGAGCUCGUCGCGCGACUAGAAGAAGCCGAUAACGACAAAGGGGAAAAAGAGGCCCUGGAAGAACUCGAGGAUGCGCCUGCGACCAAUGAAUCCGGAGGCGACGAGCCAGCGGCUGAAGAAUCAGAUGUCGCGAAGCAAGAGCCCCAGGACGCGAUUGAUGAACCUAAGCUUGUAGAUGAGAAGCCGGAUAGCGAAAUGGUUGAAACGGAGAAUAAAGAGACGGAUGAAAGUUCAGCGCCAGUUGUCAAUGAGGAACCGAGUAAAGGGGUCGACAGCGGAGACGAAGAGAAGGAGAUUGUGAAGAAUGGCACAUCAAAAGAGAAAUCUCAGGAUGCAGAUAUGGUAGUCGAUGUUCCGAGCGCUGGCAACGAAGCUGACCCUCAGUCGAGGGAACCAGCAGUGGAGGAGAAUACCAGAGCGGCAACAGUGACCAGCACUGUCGACUCUACGCCCUCCCAUUCCCUCGAACCAACACCUGUUGCCGAGCAGCAAAAGCGGAAACGUCGCUCUCUCACGCCGCCACCCACCGAAGAAUCUAUUGCACGAAAGCGCGCCCGCACAGAAGAAAUUGCGGACGGCACCAAUCCCGAUUCGCGCCAGGGGGAUCCGCUGCCUGACACUGCCAACGAGCCCGCGCCGAUGAAUGUCGACAGUGAACCACAAACAGAGAAACUCCAAAAUAAAACUCUACAAGAUCCUCCACCAGAGUCUAGAGAGCCUGCGGGAGAGAACCAGCAGGAUAUGGAUUACGAGCGCGACGUCGCGCCUGCACUACACCCUGCCACUUCUGCCCUUUACAUUAAGAAUUUCAUGCGCCCUCUUCGACCUCAGGAUGUGAAAUCGUAUCUUGUUGAGCUAGCGACGCACCCUCAAGAUCCUCUUGACGCCGAUGUUGUGGUGGAAUUCUUUCUCGAUCAAAUUCGCACCCACGGUUUCGCUAUUUUCAAAACUACCGCUGCAGCCUCGCGCGUUCGCACAGCACUUCACGAUAGUGUUUGGCCCAACGAGAGUAACCGCAAGCCGCUAUGGGUUGACUUUGUUCCUCCUGACAAGGUUCGCGACUGGAUUGAUACUGAACAAUCCAGCGGUGGCCCACGCUCUGGUGUACGAUGGGAAGUCAUCUAUGAAGAUGGACCCGAUGGGGUAAUUGAAGUCCAUCUUGAAGAAGCAACAGGCGCAGGACCUCCGCCAGGCCCAAGGCCACAAGCAGGCACCACAAUGGCAAUGGACUCUGUCCCCGUUGGCCCCAGGGCACUACGCGAUCCUGCCAUUCCCACAGGACCUCGUCCCGUCCGCCCUGGUACUGGUCCUGGUCCUCGGCCUCCUCCUAUUAAUCCUGGCGGCGCAUCCAAGAGAACCAAUGCUCGACCAGUUAUAUAUUAUCAACCCGUGUCUGAAGACCUCGCUCGCCGUCGUAUCGACAACAUGCGCUCCUACUACACAAGCAAGCGAGAUGGUGAUGAUUUUGGGCGUGAGAUCAACCGUUACUCGUUCGAGAACGGCACUUCGUUCGUUGAUAGAGGAAAGGAAGUGUUUGAGGGUAUACGUCCUCCCCAUCGUGAGCGAGGAGGCGCGGGUCGUGAACGCCGCGACCGUCGCGGGGGUAGACGUCGACGUGGUGGCGGCGGUGGCGGUCGGCCACGCAGUGAUCGCUACAUGCCACCUCCACGAGACGAUCGCCGGCCCCGUCGUGGUUCCUUGUCUGAUGAUGGGGAUACUCGGAUGAGGGAUUGA